ACAAAAAUAAUUUCAUUCGUGUAGCCUGCACGUGUGUAAAAUUGACACCGUGCUUCGCUUCCGUUCACUAUAGUAUCAGUAGAUGUUACGAAUAAAAAACGGAACAGAAACGGAUUCGUCGAUACGGAAGUAAGAAGGCGCGUCGACGUAUACGCGUGAAAGAUUUGGGCAUCGGUGUGUCACCGUGUUCACGAAGAAGUAAAGCGCGAGUGUAUCCGUCUGUCUGUCUCUAUCUUUAAUGAGGUGAGGCGGGAUGAGGUGAAGCGUUGUGAGGAGAAGUGAGGUGAGCGGUAAACCGAAGCUGAAGAGAGUGAAGUGACCGAGCGUAACUACGGUAUCGCGGUGAGAGGACGCGUCUUCGUUUCUGUCAAAUUACAAAACGCGAGGGUACAGAAACAGGUUUGAUAAUCAGUGAAAGAAUCGAAGAAAAGAAAACGAGCGAAGUGAGCUAUCGCAAGGGAAAAAAAGAAGAGUGUGAAGUCUGUGAACGAUGACGGCGUGCGUUCGUUCCGCGGUCAUGCGUUUGCAAUUCGCUGAGCCAUGAUACGGAAUACUGUGUUUAGUAUAGGUUACUGGUUGACGUGUGCGACCAAACAAAAAAUAAUUUUCAUUAUCGGCUCGUUCAUUUUUCCGUGAUAUGAUGUGCACAUUUUCCUGAUUCUUCGCUUGGGACUACAAACAUUGACGGGACGCCGAUAGGUGAUGGAAAUUACAAGAUAGGAGGACUCGUGCGUAACAAGAUAUAUUUGAGAACUGUAAUGAAAGAAUAAUUGGAAAUGUGUAUACAGUUUGAAAUCCAUGCAAGGAAUGAGAGUACUUAUACCCCGCAUAUAAUCUGACGCUGACGGAAACUAGGGAAAAGUUACUAUAUAUCUAAUUCGACUUUCUACCAUAUGGCGGCGUUUUAAUCGUUCUUGAUGCUUGCCACCACACCGGUCAUUCGCAUAUCGCCCUCUACGAUACUACUCCUAACAAUUCAGUUCUUCCUUUUCCCCGUUCGUGCGGGAUCAACAGUGUCGGACAUUACUAGUUGGGACGAAACAGUGGUUCUGUUUACAUUGGAAAAAUUGACAGUCUUCAAGGAUGUAUGCGAAGGGGAAGGGGUCAACGGUACCCUCGGAUUCUCAAGCAAGAGAAAAGUUAGCCUUGUACGUGUAUGAAUAUUUAUUACAUGUUGGUGCACAAAAGGCAGCACAGACAUUUUUAUCAGAGAUACGAUGGGAGAAAAAUAUCACACUUGGAGAACCACCUGGGUUUCUACAUUCUUGGUGGUGUGUAUUCUGGGACUUGUAUUCAGCGGCACCAGAGCGGCGGGAGUCUUGCGAACACAGUAGCGAAGCUAAGGCAUUUCAUGACUACCAGGGUUUUGUAAACAGUGGUUAUGGAGUCAAUGGUAUUGCUCAUAAUGCUGGUCCAGCACCUUCCCCCAUAGGACAAAUGCCACCCAAUGAUGGCAUGCCUGGUGGUCCAAUGCCCCCUGCUUUCUUCCCAAACAACUCGACAAUGCGACCAUCUCCGCCCACACACCCCUCAUCACAGCCAUCCCCCCAGCACCCCCAGCCACCCCCGCCCCCACACUCGCAGAUGAUGUCCACUCAGUUCAUGGGUCCUCGAUAUCCUGCUGGUCCAAGACCUGGAGUACGCAUGCCACAAAUGGGAAAUGAUUUUAACGGGCCACCCGGACAACCAAUGAUGCCAAAUAGUAUGGAUCCAACUAGGCAAGGCGAAGCUGGAGAAUUUGUAGGGUGGCAAGCUCCACCAGGUAUGAAUCCCAUGAAUCCGAGAAUGAAUCCUCCACGAGGUCCAGGAAUGGGUCCAAUGGGACCGGGAAGUUAUGGGCCAGGAAUGAGGGGUCCACCUCCUAACAGUAGUUUAGGCCCAGGAGGUCCGGGAGGACCGGGAAUGCCACCAAUGAGUAUGGCGGGUGGUAGACAACAGUGGCAACCUAACACAUCCACGCCAAUGAAUUAUUCAUCGUCAUCACCGGGUAAUUAUGGAGGACCACCCGGUUCAACGGGUCCUCCAGGCCCAGGUACACCAAUCAUGCCGAGCCCACAAGAUAGUAGUAAUAGCGGUGGUGAAAAUAUGUACACCAUGAUGAAACCUGUACCUGGAGGAAAUAUGCCUGGUGAUUUUCCAAUGAGUGGGGGACCGGAAGGUGGUCCAAUGGGUCCAAUGGGACCUAACACAAUGGGUCCUGUUCUGAACGGUGAUGGUCUUGAUGGAAUGAAAAAUAGUCCGGCUAAUGGUGGCCCUGGAACACCACGAGAAGACAGUGGAAGUGGAAUGGGUGACUAUAAUCUGGGUGGUUUUGGAGGUCCUGGUGAAAAUUUUUUUUAAAAAGUCAAGUCGCCUUGGAUCCAGCCCCGAGUUCGUAGAUGCCGUAGAUUUCCGGUUAAUCACACGCAAUGUGGAAAAGGAUCAUACAGAAACCCCGAAUUUUAAGUACACGUGCGUUGUUCACGUGGUACGCGAUUCGUAAACGAUUUUGUCAGUGGCUCAAGCACGAUUAUUCGCUCGUUAACAAGGAUAGAUAACGAAAUAUUCGCGAGUACACAUUAAUCACUCCUAAUCAAUUAGGUUAGCAUUUAAGUGCUCAUUACGUUACUAUUAACAGAACUUAUAAUACUUUGAAUCAUGAUUAUUACAUGCGCGCGCGCAACAUACACUAUAUAAAUAUUUAAAAGUAUAUAUAUAUACACGUUACAUAUAUAUAUGCUUUGCUAAAUACUCACAAGGUUGCAGAUUAGGAUUUUUUUUUUUUUUUUUUUAUUAAUUUCUUUCUUUAUUUUAUUAUUUUUUUUUUUAUACGAAUAUUUCUAUACAUUUUAUUAUUGACAAUACGAUAUCAUUUUUUUUAUCGAUUCGUGUCAAUGCUAUCGUUUAUUAUUUAUAUUUAUUUGAACAUUAGCUUGUAAGCAAAGGUGCCUGAAAAACACGAACUACUGUGAUUAUCAAUCGCAUAAUUGUUAAUCGAUUUCUAAUUCUGUUUUCUAUCCUAUCCUAUUUUUUUUUCUUUUUUUUAAUUCUAUUUUUUUUUCUUUUUUUUUUUGCUUUUGGUUUACUGUUUUUCUAUUAAUCGCACCGCUAGCUUGCCGGCUAGCAACUGGCUUAUUUUUCAUCCCAUUAUAGAGUUAGAAUUCUGUCAGUAUUAGAUUAGAGAUCCAUGACAGGUAAGAGGUAGUCAUUGUUGAAAUAUUUCACAUUUCGCGCGUGUUCUAAUUGAUCGCCUAUGACGGUGAUUUCAAAAUUCUUAACUUGAAUCGUUCAAAUAGAAUUAAACUCUGUAAUGAGGUGAUUAAAUUAGCCGAACUCAGACCGAGUCCCUCCACUGUUUGCUCAGAAAAUUCACUACUGAUAGAAUCAAGUUUGCGCACUAUCUACUCGCAGCCAUUAACAUCGCAAUACUUUGCGAAUACUAUCAACGAAAUGUUAGAUAUUUAACAGGUGCAACUAUUUCCGCUAGUGCCUUGGUUGAAAAAAAAAAAAAGUAUAAAGCACGCAUAUUGAUGUGAAAUGUUAAAGUUAACAACGCAUACCAAUCUAGUCAUACGAUUACACGAUCGAACCUAACCUAAAGGCGACGAUUUUUAAUCGAAUUGAAAAGAGGUUCAAAGAUAUAGUCAAAACGCAUUUGUAUAUACCGUUUGCUUUUGACACGUUGUUUCAACUAUAUUACUUCAACAAUUCUUAAUAUGUAUAUUAAAGACCUAAUAAACGGAAUGGUGAAAGCAUAAAUAUUAACAAAUACCAUUUGCUUUAAAAGAAAAAACAACGAAUCUUUCAUGUAAGUUCCUAUUAAAAAUUAGUUAAAAAAAGAAUCUUCAUCAUGAAAAGUUCCUCUUUUAAUCGAUUUCUCCUUUAUAAAAAAACAGCAAUAUUAAAUUUCAUUUUUAAGUAAUAUAAUUAUUUCGCCGAGUAUUGCGAAGCGAAUGGUCAUGCGAUUAACUUAACAAAAAAGUACUUGGAAAAAAAAGAAACUUAUAAAGAAAAUGUUAUAUAUAUAACGUGCGCAUGAUAUAUAUUUAGACGCUAUAUAUAUAACGUAACCUAUUUUUGUAUGGAAUAAGAGUCGUAGACGGUGUAAGUACUGAACCUAAAUGAAUGAGUGUGACAAAGAAAGAAUAAAAUAUACGGGCCGAUAAAUAAAGAGAUAAUAUAUCGUGCGAACCUCCCGGAAUCCAUCCGUCCGUAAUGGUUAUAGGUCAGUACCGGACUAUGCUGUGCUGCUGUUAGUUGUGUUAAAAAUUAAACUUAAAAUAUUUAAAAAAAAAAAAUAAAUAAAUAGAAGUAUUGAUCGAAUUAUGUAAACGAUACAAAAGAAGAGAGAAAGAAAGAGCGAGAGAGAGGGAGGGAGAGAAAGCGCCCAUUGCGAGUGCAUGCUCUGAGAGCACCGGCAAGAUCGAUCAUGGUCUCGAUGAUUAAUCAAUAGUGUAUUGUGACUUUCUCGAGAUCGAUUUUCUUGGUACUAUGUGCCACAUCUAAAGCUGGGUUUACAUGUUCAUGCAAUUUGCAAAAACCUUAGCUUAGUUUGUUGGUUAAUUUUUAUAGACUACCAUUUAAUUGGUAGCAACUUACACCGUGUAUUGUUUACAAGUUACCAAAGUGAUAACGACGACUUAUCAGCAGUUGUUGAAUUUACUUACACCAUUAAUUACCAAAAAUUGACUCUGUUACGGGACGGGUAAUAAUUCCCCAUGAACAAUUUAAAACAAAAUGCGGUUAUGUUCACGCCGUACGUAAAGAAUAUCAGCGCGCAUGCGCACAGCUUGAACAUUUAAACGCGCCCAAUUAUUUGUUGCCAACUUCAUAGAAAUUUUCGCGCCUGACGAUCUACUUGUUCAAUUUCGAUUGCACAGGUUAUCUUACGCAAAUUGCACGAUCGUAUAAACCCAGCUUAAUUGCCAUGCUGGAAUCUUUAGUUACGUAUGUUUCUCUCUUUCAUACACAUAUACAUUCACACAACACAAAAUUUAGAAAUAUACAUUUUUAAUAUUUAUGAUACUAUAAUUUAAUAAGCACUUUUUUGUAAGAAAAAUCUCCCUGUACUGAACGUAAGAAUUAGGCGAUACUCGCGAUUCUUCGAUAAGUAAUAUAUAAAGUUAGUGAGGGGAAAAAUUUUUCAAAGUUAUUGACAGGAAAUGGUCGGUAAACUAGUCGGACAAUGUAUAUGUAUUAUAUUUCUGCUGCUUCUUUUGCCAAAUUUCAAGAGUAAAAGAAGACGUAUUCAGCUUUCAAUAUUUUGUAAUUAUUAUCGUUAAAUAUGCGAAUGCUUGCCGUUGUUCCGGAGUGUUCACCGUGCCAAUUAAGUGCGUAUUUUUAAUCGGAAAAAAAAAAAUAAAAUAAACAGAAAGCACAUACACGAGAGAGGUAACUUACAUUCGCUUGUACCAGCUUAGUAACAUUUAAUUGGUGUAAGAUGUCGCGUUAAGUUUCGAGGUUGGAAAAAGAAAAAAAUAUGAAAGCACUAUAUUAAUGGGAUCAUGCAUAUAUAAUUUCUCUCAGAGUACGGAGAAAUACGUUUAUCAUGAGGAAAUGUUAAACGUUCGUGAUAAGGCGCGCGUUCACGGGUUCGAAGUUCGAACGAAGAAAGCCAAAAUAGGAGAGACAGAGAGAGAGAGAAAAAGGAAAUUGUUAACGAUGAUAAAAGCAGUAGUCCAUUUUUUUGUUGCUUUGUAACACGACUCCGUCGUCGUGCGUUAUAAAUAUUCGGUGAAAGUUCAUUUCGAAGUAUUCCGAGAGAGCGUGCUUCGAUGAAAUUAUGCGUAAAACCGCACCAUGGGUAUAACUCUUAAAAACGUCGAUUUAAUUUUAAACAGAGGCCCACGUUGUAAGCCACACACACACACACACACACACACACAUACACCUACACAUACACACAAUAACAAGUGAAUAUGGCGAUAAAAUAUUACAUUUAUUAAUAUAUGCCUAAGCCAGGGGAGAUCGAGACAAUAAAUGUAAACCUGUUACACUGA